AAUAUGGAGAAAAUGCUGGUGCUUGGUAUGGGAGGUGCACUUUGCCUUUUGCCACCGAGCCUGUCCAACAAACAUUAUGGUCCGAUCGCUCUUGCUUCUGGCCCUUCCAGCACUCGCGUCGGGCGCUGUGUGCACUCAAGCUGAUUUCUUGCCACUCUUGACUGAAAUCGUCGCAUGCACGACCGCGUCGGGCAUCAGCCCUACCGCUCUGUCGGGCACGGCCACUCCCGCCGACGUCAUCAAGUUGUGCCAAUACCCGGCGUGUCAAGCAUUCUUCCGGUCCCUUGCGACCCUCAAGUGCACGGAUGCUGAAGGUAACUCGAUCGCUGCGGUGGCCACUGCGUGCAGCGCAUUGUCUGGCGCCACCACGGCAAUGCCAGCGAACGACACAACUACGCCUGUAUCAGCCACAACGGCUAGUCCGAUCACCACGGCCUCGACCGCUGCCACUUCCGCUCCUCCGAAUGCUGUGACCAGCAAUGGCAUCGUCACCAUCGUUUCCACGGGUGCUCUCGUCGUGGCCGCCACGGCAUCCAUGAUGUAAUGAAUAUAAAUCUCAUUAUGUUGAAAUCCCUCGCACA